CUUCCUGUUCAAUGGUUUAUUUAUCAUCAGUGUAAUUCAAGUUCGUCUGGUACAGCAUUCAAUUUAAUGUGCAUGGAAUUUUGAAAUGAAAACAGUCUUAUUCUUUCUGUUUGCUUUAAUUGGUUUUCAGAAUAAUGGCAUCCACUCUUACACUCAGCAUUUUAUCUCGGACAAUGUAAUGUCAUGGUAUACGGCGGACAAGGCCUGUCCUAGUUUGUUUAAUCCUGGUAACGGCACCAUUCACAUGGCGGUGAAUUUAUCGGCUAAUCCUCAACAAAUACAGGUGUUGAGAUCCCUCAACAAUCACGAAAGUUUCUGGUUGGAUGGGUUUCGAUUUCAUCUUGGUUGCAAUGCCAUUUCUUGUGAAUACUUGACGGUGCAACAUCUCAUCACAUCUGAAAAAUUAAAAUCUAUAUGCAUAAAAGAUGGAAAUCGAACAGUACAGUUGGACUGUAACGAAAGGGAUAUCUACAAUUUAACCAGCGUUCAUGACCAAUCAAUGCUUCACAAUCUACCGGAAUAUAAGAGCGGCGAGGAGCUGAAAAUAAACCUAGCAGACAUAGACGGCAUACUCAAACAGUGUCGACUGGCUACAAGAACUUCAACUGGAUUCAAAAUAAGUUAUCAGAAUUGUGAUGACAAACACAAAGUACUUUGUCAAAAACAUUCCAAUUCCACUCCCAUUGUUACAACCCUUGUCUACAAGCUGACUGGUGUGGGCGAGGACUCGCAAGUGAUCUACAUGUAUAUGUCUACCAGAAAUUCAAACCAGGCCGAACUCAAAAGUCCCAAUUUUCUGGAUGCCAAAUGGCUCAUUACCACAUGUUUGUCAGCAUUGUCAUGUUUGUUCAGCGUCUUCAUCUGCAUAUAUCUGUGUUCCAGGAAACGCCAGCCAAACACGCGUCAAUCCAGCAUCCGCUCUGGUCACCAGAGACUGCGUAAUUUUCAUGAAAGUUUCAUCCUACCAAAUUCUGAAGACCGAAGGCAGGAGUCAAUAGACGAUGCGUAUCGAACAUAACAUUUUAAUAAAAGCUUUUCAUUUGAACAUUGUAAAUACCUAUUUGUGUAUUGUACU